GAGUUGCAUCUUCUCGGGCUGCCAGCUGAGCUGCGGAACCUGAUCUACACCUACGCCUUGGUGGAGAGCAAGACACGUCAUAUCAAUGUCCACGAGACAGGUCAUACAGAGCCACCGCUACUGCUGGCCUGUCGACAGAUUCGCGAGGAAGCUGCACCGAUCUUCUACAGCGACAAUAACUUCAUGCUUCACAUUCACGAAUACGAUGGAGUGGUAGCCAUCCCUUUCUACAGACUUCUGCAGAAGUACCGCACGAAGCGCAAGACCAACAAUGUCCGGCACACGCUAUGCCACGGACCUGGACGGGACGAUUGCGGAGAGGUAGUGAAUACAGACAAUCUCAUGAUAUGGCUGACGGCAUUCUUUGACACGCCCGAGAUCUGUCCAUUUCUGCAUCAGGACGUGGUUGCCAACUCGGGCAACGCAGAGGUCAUCGCGCGUGGCGCUUUCGGAGCUGUGAAACGCUUCAGACAUAAGCCUUGGGAUGUGGUGGAGAAGGUCGUCGGGGACUAU